AACCCCGUGCUGAUCAUGAUCUCACUAUGCGAAUCUGAGACGCGCUUACGGACGGAUGCAACAACAACACUCAUCCAUCCAUCAUAGAAGUUACCGAUUGCCUCCACGUCUCGUGUCGAAGUGAUAAAUUCGCGGGGUUUUAACGAAACUAUCCCGCUAGUUUAACAAGCAUUUGCCAGGGCCCCUUUCGGUCUUGGCCGGGAGCUUGUAUUUGUUAAGGUGCUAAAUUGCCGGCCGGUGCAUUUUACGGUACUUGAUCUAUGGCUUGUCCUUUUUUUUCCCACCAUCGAAGCCUAUCUAUCUAGCAUCUUGAAUGUGAGCCGGAGCAUAUCAGGUUCGUCAUUGACAGGAACAGAGCUUAUGACACCGAAGUUAUCACGGAGUUGAAUCAAGACGCGCCAAGCCAUGUCAAGCAAUUCCAGCUGCCUGGGCCUAACUCAUACGGAGGAAGCGCUGGGCUCCAUGCGAUCUUCAUUUAACAAGGUUCGACGAUAUUAUGAGUUAGCUCACUACCAUUCUGAUCAGACGGAUUAUCCCUGGCAUUGCUGCGGACCCGAACAGGGCCAUCAUAUAAGCCGUCCGGCUAUUAUUUGCCUCAGAGCGAUACAAGCGGGCGAAGGUGUUGGUUUUGCGCUCUCAUUGCAUGUUUUUACAAGUCCAUGAUUAGCUGGAGAGCUGAUCAGAAUGUCUCUGCCUAGAUAUUCUAUCAGUUCAGAAAACUUCUCCUCGGUCAUUAUCUCAGGAAAGCAAAGAAUGGUCUAGUUACUCAACUCCGGGGAGCAUCGUCCAGGGAUUGCAUCAGAUCUGCACCACAUGCACGGCCGAAGUUGCAGAACUUACUGCCAUGUUUCAACCGGAGUGAAGACCCAAUAGCUGUUUUGCAGCUUAUCGUUUACCCCUGGAGCAGCGGCACAGGUGAGGGGAAUUUGCUGUGAUUUUUCCAACGCUUGCUCACGGCAAAUCAUGUCCCAUAGGAUCCUCGUCGCUCGGUUCCUCCACUCAACUGCUUGAGAGCAUUUAACAUCCUUGACCAAAUGAGAUCCCCAACAACCUUGGGUUAACUAGCUCCAUGCAACGGCCAUGGAUAAAACUUGGUGCCCCUCUAUCUGGGCUUGUCGACUUUCUCGUCCUAUAUAUGCCCAUGGCUCCACGCCCUUGGGUAGAUGUUGUUCAAAACAUCUCUGUUCGCAUCUGGGCCAUCCGAGAUGUUGUCAUUUGUUUUACUCCUUCCAAUUGUCCAGAUCCUCUGUGGGCUUGAAGCAGUUGUUGCCUCACCGGCAAAUGGCUUCAAGCUGGCAGAGCGGCUUUCUGUCAUCCCCGAUGGAUGGACUAGACGAGCUCGUGCCAAUCCAUCUAGCACUGUCCAUCUCAAGGUUUCAGUGCGCGCCAAAGAUCCCAACUUGCUCCACCGCAGUCUUCUUGAAAUAUCCACUCCCAACCACCCUCGUUAUGGCCAGCAUAUGAAACAGCAUGAAGUCCGAGACAUUGUUGCCCCUCAUCCGGAAGCGUCAGAUGGUAUAAUGGCAUGGCUUCAUGAAGGGGGAGUUAAACCCGAAAAUGUUGAAAAUAGGGGAGAUUGGAUUGACUUCUCCACCAAUGUUGACACAGCUGAACGUCUUUUGAACACGCGAUUCUAUCACUUCGAAGACAAAUCCGGGAAGGUUGGCAAGAUUCGAGCCCUGGAAUAUUCGCUGCCAUCUAGCUUAUCGAAGCAUGUACGCACCGUGCAACCAACCACUUUUUUUGGAAGCAUGGAGCGGCAUCGCAGCCACAUUCUCAGACCCGUACGCCCGGCGUCUGAAUCCGUCGCUGCCAACACACCGUCCAGCCUCCGAGAACUAUACAACAUGCAAGAUUUCCAAGUUACAAAUAAGAGCCGGAAUUUGCUUGGUGUCUCCGGUUACCUCGAACAAUACGCCCGGUACAGCGAUCUCAACGCAUUUAUCGAACGUUAUGUUCCCGACGCGAAUGGUGCGACUUUCUCCGUUGAGCUCUACCAUGGUGGAAAGAAUGAUCAGGAUUCUCGGCUGGAUUCUGUAGAAGCUAGUCUUGAUAUUCAGUACACCGUCGGCCUAACGUACAACACAAGCGUCACCUAUUAUUCCGGCGGCGGUCGGGGCCCGUUGGUUCCAGACAUUGAUCAACCAGACCCAAAUGACAACCAGAACGAGCCCUACAUGGAGCAGUUGAAGUUCUUUGCAAAUCUUUCCGACAGCAGGUUGCCCACCGUUCUCUCAACUUCAUACGGUGAAAAUGAGCAGAGCGUGCCAGCGGAAUACGCAAAGGCGGUUUGUGAUGAAUUCGCAAAGCUCGGUGCCCGAGGAGUGUCUGUUAUAUUCAGCAGUGGAGAUAGUGGCGUGGGAUCUGGAUGUUUGACUAACGAUGGGCAGAACCGGACACGCUUCAAUCCAAUUUUCCCUGCUGCGUGCCCAUAUGUUACAUCUGUUGGUGGCACCGAAAACACAAACCCAGAAAGCGCGGUGUAUUUCUCAUCUGGUGGAUUUUCUGAAAUAUUCCCACGUCCCUCGUACCAGAACGGGAGUGUCGACGCGUUCCUGAACCAGCUCGGCGACAAAUGGGCCGAAUAUUUCAACAGAAAUGGCCGUGGAUUCCCUGACGUAGCUGCUCAGGGCGUCGACUACGCGGUGUACGAUCACGGACAAGUACAAUAUGUGGGUGGAACAAGUGCGUCUGCUCCUUUAAUCGCGUCCGUCAUUUCCAAUUUGAACGAAGUCCGCUUGUCUCAAGGGAAACCGGUCCUUGGGUUCCUUAACCCUUGGCUGUACAGCAAGGGACACCAGGGCUUCACCGAUAUUGUCGACGGUGCUGGUACGGGCUGCACCGGCACGAAUGGCGGACCGCGUAUCCCUGGGGCAGCCUGGGAUGCUGUUGAGGGAUGGGACCCAGUGACUGGAUUUGGAACACCGGACUUCAAGAAACUGAUGGAUUUACUUCCUUGAACGAGCCACGAAGCUGAGCAACGGGGAAGCGAAGUC